AUGUCCAUCACCUCGGCCAGGACGAGAGCUACGGACGAGCAGCAGCCCAAAGAAACUGGAGACAACUCGGGUAUGGGUGCCCACAAGCCACACACCAACGCUGACUCGGCCGCGCUGGUGUUACCUGCACCUGCACCUGCUGCUGCCGCUGCCGCUUUUGACCGACGUUCAGCUAGCGGCGACCUUGGACCGACAGGAAACGAUCUGCGCCCAUCAACGAACACUACCGUGACCACCGCUGCCAACACCAUCAAUCUCCCAAGCAUUAAUGAAAAUCAGGCCUUGCCUGCCGCUGCCUUGUCGGAACCUCACGCCGUCGACGAACAUAAGCAAGACCAAAAGCCAUUUUCCCUGCCGCCGCAAUCCCCACCCCCUCCAACUGUAGUCGUCGAGGCUGACCCUGCCCUUCACCACAACAUCGACCGUCUUGGCCCCCUCAGCUAUGCCAUCGGCACCUCGACGCCACUUGUUGCCGCCGUCCUACCGACUUCACCAUCGUCGCCCAGGCCAGACGGUCCUCCUCGCCGCCAGAGCCUCCUGCCCAAUCGCCAGACUACUCUAAUCCGCACCUUGCUCGACGCCGCGCAGACGAACCACGAAGUCGAUCCCUCCGCAGUCGAAGCGUUGCUUCCUAUCAACGGAAACAUGGUCACCCGAAAGGUUUGGGUGAGGCGCCCUGGUGCCUCUCCUACUCUCAUUACCAUCAAUGAGGAUGAUUUGGUCGACGACGUGCGCGAUAUGAUUUUGAGAAAAUACGCCAACUCUCUGGGCAGACACUUCGACUCUCCCGACCUCACAUUGCGCAUCUGCCCACGGGAGCAGAGGCAGGACCGCCUACUAGGCCCCGAAGAACCCAUGGGUCGUACCCUCGAUGCGUAUUUUCCGGGCGGUCAAACGGUCGACGAGGCUCUGGUCAUCGAUAUACCCAGCAGACGUACACCGAGACCUUCUCCUCGGGCCCCAACCCAUGCCACCGCUGUCUAUUACGCCGAUGAGGGUAGGCCAUCUGAGGCUGGCGAGGGUUAUUUUCCUCCUAUUGCCGCCUUCAAGGACGCACUCGAACGCAUCGGAGCAAUCGGCUACAGCACCGGUGGCACCGCCACUUCCAACACCACCUGCUCCAGAAGUUCAGCAGGUGCAGAGAGUGGCAACUCCUCCGCCAAGAACAGCGUCGCCUCGUCCGGCAAGUUCUCGGCCGAAGAAGACGAAGAAGAAUAUGGAUCAUCCAACUCUGCCAGCCGGCAUACUGAACGGCGGGGUGCCGCCUAUUAA